CAAAAAAUAGAGGUAAUUCAAACAGAGUCGUAAGAAGUGAAUAGGAAAAGUUUAAUUAGUCGCCUAUUGUUAUAUUUUCCUAGUGUAACUGGCUCAAAAAAAAAAGCUAUAAUAAUUGUGGUUAACUGAUCAUUGGUUUAUGAAUCUUUUCCAAUUGUCUAGAAUUUAAACUUGCAUACAAUGAAUGGGGAUUCUGAUCUGGUUUCUAAUCCUAAUCAAGAACCUUAUGUUCACCAGUCCAAUGAAAGUAAAGGCAAAGAAGAUGAAUCGUCUCCUCAACAUCAAUCCCAGAGUAAAAAUGCUUCAGAUCUCGCCAAACAUGAAAAUGGGUUUACUGACCAAAACUAUUUGGAUGCAUCCUGGCCAUCUAAUCUCCUAUUAGAUGCAAAUUCUGAUAUACUAUAUAAUAUGGAUUUCAGUAAUAAUUUACACCAACCAAAUACUAUUGCCCAUAAUAUCCAAUAUCAAAAUGAUAUAACCACUGACCUUGAUUUACAUGAUCCUUCUUUUGUUAUGGAACACCAACCUACAGAUUCAAAUAAACAACCUUUACCGAAUAAUCAAAUCCAAGUUAAUCUUCAACAACAACCUGAACAACAAGUGCCCGGACAAACAACAACUAUCAAUACACAAUCCUCACAGAAACCAAAUACUAUAGAACAAGCGAAUAAUGCCACUUCACAACAACCAGUUCCUGCAACUAAAUCGAAACAACGUCGUCCGUGUGAUCAUUGCAGAAGAAAAAAGACUAAAUGUGUUAUAAUUCCCGGUACUAAUAAUUGUGCUCAGUGUGAAACAAAAUCACUUACAUGUACCUAUGUGGGUCAAGCUCUUAAAAGAAAACCAGUAGAUUCACCUGAAGAACCAAAUAAAAAACUGAAAAAUAGUAAAGAUUCCAACAUAUCUUUAUCACAAAAUGAUAUAAUACCUCCAAAUGUUCCAAUACGCGAUGUAGCUCCAAUUCAGGAUUAUUCUUCCAUGAACAACUCCCUUUUGAAAAAAACUUUAUCUUUACAAUUCCCCAGAUCCUCAUUCUAUGUUGGCCCUACUUCUUACCUAUAUGAUAUUAACUUGUUGAAUAUGAUCCUUGGUUCUCAAAAUACGAAAUCAGAGUCGAAACUGCCAGGUCCUCAAACAAAAGUUGAACAAAUAAAUUUAAAUCCAAAUGUUUCCCUUCGAAAAGUUGGUGCCAAAACCCAAUUUAUUCUCAAAGAUGAUCAAUCUCCUCAGUCAUACCAAACAAUGUCAAAUGAUGUUGAUACCAUUGAAAAAUUCAUAGCCCCUCAUGGCCAAAUAUUGAUUGAUUUAUAUUUCCGUAUAAUACAUCCCUCAUACCCAAUCUUACAUAAAAAAGUUUUUUUAGAAAAAUAUUCAAGAACUCAUCGUGAAUUCAGUGCUCCAUUAUUGGCAGCGGUAUAUGUUUUGGCUGUUCAAUGGUGGGAUUAUGAUCCUCUAUUAAAUCGUUUCCCAAGACCAAAUGUUGACUUGAUUUUAAAAAUUGGUUUAAACAAUUACUUUUUGGAAAUUUUGAAAAGACCCAAAUUGAGUGCUGUUCAAGCAGGUUUGUUACUUUUACAAUGUAAACAUAUUGUAAGAGUUUCUCAUAAUGCCAAUAAUGCCAAUAAUAAUAACAAAGCUACUUACUCAGACUCAGACUAUAGUGACUGGGUUUUAUGUUCUCAGGUAACUGCGUUAGCUGAAGAACUUGGGUUAGGCUUAGAUUGUAAUGAUUGGAAAUUACCUAAGUGGGAAAGAGGUUUACGUAAACGGUUAGCAUGGGCUGUUUAUAUUGAAGAUAAGUGGCUUUCUUUGAAAAAUUCAAGACCGUCUCAUAUUAAUUAUGAUAACUGGGUAGUUGUGAAUCUUUUAGAGGAAGAUUUCCCCGAAAAGCAUGGUGAUGGCGAUCUAAAAGAAGGUUCUUCUGAUAUUGAUAAUGGCAAGAAAAACUUUUUAUGCUUGGUUGAUUUAUCAAUGAUUUUAUCUGAUAUACUAAGCCAAUUGUAUUCGAUGAAAGCCAUGAAGACAAUCACUGACAUAAGUACCGUAUUAAGAUUAGCCAAACCUUUGCAAUUGAAGUUACGUAAUUGGUAUCAUUCAUUACCACUUGAAUUACAAAUGAGUUCACUUCAACCAAGAAAGUUAUGUUCAAAUGGUUAUCUACAUUUGGCAUAUUUCGCUACUGAAUUAACUUUACACCGUAAAAUUAUAACAAUUAUUCAUCAACAAUCACAAAAUGGUGAAGCACCACCCAAUCAACUUAUUCAAGUAUGUCGUACAGCUGCAAAAACAAGACUUCUAGCUUCAAUUGAAUUCGUGAGAGAUUUGAAACCUGAACAUAUCCACUCAUUUUGGCAUUCAUCAUCAUCGGCAAAUUUCACUUUGAUUGGUACUUUUGCAGCUAUUUUAUUCAUGUCUUCAAGUACCAAGGAAGAAGCUGAUUUUUAUAAGGACCAAAUAUUUAAUUACAGAUGGAUUCUCAAAAUUUCAUCGAAAGGGUUUGAUCAAGUGGGUGAUGCGUUACUUGAAUUAGACAUGGUUUUAAACCAUAUCCCCGGAAUCUUAAAUGGUGGCCAUGAUUUACCUAUGUCAAUUCCAACUAUUCCGAAUGUUCCAACGAUUGAUUAUCAGAAAAUUCAAAGACAAUCUCCUCAAAAACAAAGCCCAGUAAAACAUAGCCCAGUAAUCAACGGUAAAAAUGGUCCUGGUUCGAAGUCGGGUGCUUACAGGAUGCAAAGUCAAUCAAAUCAUUCACCUUAUAACUCACCAAGCUAUUCCACCACUCCAAUAUCCUCACACACGGUAUCUAGAGGUGGUCCCUUAAUUGUUAAUUCUCCUCAAUCCUCUCAGGGUUUAUCACCAAAAGAGAUCAUCAAACAACAAAGAACAGUUGUACCUUCUGGCCAGAUUUCCAAGCAAAACUCAAUUGUUGAAAAUGAUGAUAACGAUAACUCUCCUAGAAAGACCCUGGCAAUCAAUAGUCCAGAAGUGUCAAGAUCUCCUCAAGUUUAUAUGAACACACCUCAGCUGGGGAAUCACAACGAUAAAAAAGAAAAUUUUAGUCAAUAACUUUUUGCUUUGCAUUUCAUGAACCUCUUUUAUUUCUCAUAUAUGUACUAAUAUUUACAAUGAAA